CCAUCCACUUUUUCAUCAUCUCGAUCUAAGUCGUCUGCUCGCCCAAUCUCUCUUUUUUAGCUCUCUCGAUUGCGAACUCCCAUGGCGCCCAAGGCGGAGAAGAAGCCCGCGGAGAAGAAGCCCGCCUCCUCCGAUAAACCAGCGGAGGAGAAGGAGAAGAAGGCUGCCGCUGAGAAGGCCCCUGCGGAAAAAAAACCUAAGGCCGGGAAGCGCCUGCCGUCCAAGGACGGUGCGGCCGCCAGCGGCGAUAAGAAAAAAAAGAAGGUGAAGAAGGGCACUGAAACCUAUAAGAUCUACAUAUUCAAGGUGCUUAAGCAGGUUCAUCCGGACAUUGGGAUCUCCAGCAAGGCCAUGUCCAUCAUGAAUUCCUUCAUCAACGACAUCUUCGAGAAGCUCGCCCAGGAAUCCUCUCGCCUCGCCCGCUACAACAAGAAGCCCACCAUCACUUCUCGCGAGAUCCAGACUUCGGUGCGCCUGGUCCUACCUGGUGAGCUCGCGAAGCAUGCCGUCUCCGAGGGCACGAAGGCUGUUACCAAAUUCACAAGUUCUUGAAGCAAUGAUGCUCAUUAGGGUUUCAAAAACCUUUGAAUCUUUGAGACGUGUUGGAUUGAAGGGGUUCUCUAGUCAUGUUUUCUUUACCUUCUUUUGUUGCCGUUCCCAGGUGGAUCGAUGCUAUUGUAAUAUAGUAUUUGCCAAUGUCGAAGCAAUGGAAGCUUGAUCUUUUAACGGA